UGCUGUUGCUGCUUUUGCCUGUGGCUCCGCCCGGGACUUGUCAGCCUCCGGGCGCCGCCACAUUCAGACGGCGACGCUGGCUCGGCCGGGCCUGUCCCUUGCCGGCCUCGCGUCGCUGUCUUCCCCACAGGGCGGAGGAGCCAUGGCCGGGACGAGUAGCCCCGAGGCCGUGAAGAAACUGCUGGAAAACAUGCAGGGCGACCUGCGGGCCCUGAGCCUGGAGUGCCGGAAGAAAUUUCCUCCCGUCAAGGAGGCUGCUGAGUCAGGAAUAAUAAAAGUAAAAACGAUAGCUGCACGAAACACUGAUGUAUUGUCAGCCUUGAAAGAGAACAGCUCAGAAGUGGUUCAGCCUUUUCUAAUGGGUUGUGGAACAAAAGAACCAAAGAUCACCCAACUAUGUCUAGCAGCUAUACAAAGGCUCAUGUCUCAUGAAGUUGUUUCAGAGGUUGCUGCUGGAAAUGUUAUCAAUAUGCUUUGGCAACUGAUGGAAAAUAGCCUUGAAGAACUCAAGCUUCUUCAGACAGUCCUUGUAUUAUUAACAACCAAUACAGUUGUCCAUGAUGAAGCGCUUUCUAAGGCAAUUGUCCUUUGCUUUCGGUUGCACUUCACAAAAGACAAUAUCACAAAUAAUACUGCAGCAGCCACAGUACGGCAAGUAGUUACUGUUGUUUUCGAAAGAGUCGUUGCUGAGGAUGAACACUAUAAAGAUAUUAUAGAGCAACCAAUAGGAAUUCAAGGAAACAGUAACAGAAGAUCUGUCAGCACCUUGAAACCAUGUGCUAAAGAUGCAUAUAUGCUUUUUCAGGAUCUUUGUCAGCUGGUUAAUGCUGAUGCACCUUACUGGCUUGUAGGCAUGACAGAAAUGACCCGGACAUUUGGUCUGGAACUGCUUGAGUCAGUCCUCAAUGAUUUCCCGCAAGUAUUUUUACAACAUCAAGAAUUCAGCUUCCUCCUUAAAGAAAGGGUCUGUCCACUAGUGAUAAAGCUCUUCUCACCAAAUAUAAAAUUUAGACAAGGUUCCAGUACUUCAUCGUCACCAGCACCAGUGGAAAAACCGUAUUUCCCGAUCUGCAUGCGCCUUUUGAGAGUAGUUUCCGUUUUGAUCAAACAGUUUUAUAGUUUACUGGUAACUGAAUGUGAGAUCUUUCUAUCGUUGCUUGUGAAGUUUCUGGAUGCAGACAAACCUCAGUGGCUAAGAGCUGUUGCCGUAGAAUCAAUACACAGACUUUGUGUGCAACCUCAGUUAUUAAGGUCCUUCUGUCAGUCUUAUGAUAUGAAGCAGCAUUCAACUAAGGUUUUCCGUGACAUCGUGAAUGCUCUGGGAUCAUUUAUUCAGUCACUGUUUCUCGUACCAAAUACAGGGAAUGCAUCAGCUGCAACAAACCAAACAGGAGGAAGCGUGCCUGGUGGUACAGCCUCAGCACAGACCAAUCCCGGAAUGUUAGGGAUGGGUGGAAGUGUGACAGUCUUGCCUGCUUUUGAAUACAGAGGAACCUGGAUACCCAUCCUCAGCGUGUCAACACAGGGCAGUGCUAAAGCUACCUACCUAGAGAUGUUGGACAAAGUUGAGCCACCCACAAUUCCUGAAGGCUAUGCCAUGUCAGUAGCGUUCCAUUCUUUACUGGAUCUUGUCCGUGGCAUCACUAACAUGAUUGAAGAAGAAUUGGGACAGGUUGAAACGGAGAGUCAAGUAACAACAGCAGAUACACAGUCUUCACCGACACAGUCCUCAGACAUGCAAGAUUUUAAUUCAGCGUCUGACCAAACUGACAAAGAAACAGUCAGCAGAGCAGUUUGGGAAGAAAUGGUGAAUGCGUGCUGGUGUGGUCUACUUGCUGCACUGUCUUUACUUCUGGAUGCAAGCACCGAUGAAGCUGCCACAGAAAAUAUUUUAAAAGCAGAAUUGACUAUGGCUGCACUGUGUGGAAAACUCGGGCUCGUAACAUCAAGAGAUGCCUUCAUUACUGCCAUUUGCAAAGGUUCCCUGCCUCCUCACUACGCCCUAACUGUGCUGAACACUACUACUGCUGCCCUUUCUGGUAAAUCAUAUUCCAUCCAGGGGCAGAAUGUUCAGAUGAUUAGUCCAUCAAGUGAGUCUCACCAGCAAGUUGUAGCAGUAGGACAACCACUCGCUCUCCAACCACAGGGAACAGUAAUGCUUACUUCUAAGAAUAUACAGUGCAUGAGGACAUUACUUAGCUUGGCUCAUUGUCAUGGAGCUGUCCUUGGUACAUCCUGGCAACUUGUGUUAGCUACUCUCCAGCAUCUUGUAUGGAUUCUUGGUUUAAAGCCUGGUGUUGGAGGUGCUUUGAAGCCUGGAAGAGCUGUGGAAGGACCUAGCACAGUUCUAACUACAGCUGUUAUGACUGACUUACCAGUUAUCUCCAACAUACUUUCCAGGCUAUUUGAAAGCUCACAGUACCUAGAUGAUGUUUCAUUACAUCAUUUAAUAAAUGCACUUUGCUCCUUGUCUCUGGAAGCAAUGGACAUGGCCUAUGGAAAUAAUAAGGAGCCAUCACUGUUUGCUGUUGCUAAGUUGCUCGAAACAGGACUAGUUAACAUGCAUAGGAUUGAAAUUUUAUGGAGACCACUGACUGGCCAUCUCCUAGAGAAGGUUUGCCAACAUCCAAACUCACGGAUGAGGGAAUGGGGAGCAGAAGCUUUAACGUCUCUCAUCAAGGCUGGGUUGACAUUUAACCAUGAUCCUUCACUCUCUCAGAACCAGAGACUUCAGUUGCUGCUUCUAAAUCCACUGAAAGAACUGUCAAACAUCAAUCACCCUGAUAUUAGGCUCAAGCAACUGGAAUGUGUGCUACAGAUUUUGCAGAGCCAGGGUGACAGUCUAGGGCCUGGGUGGCCCUUGGUACUUGGAGUCAUGGGAGCAAUCAGAAGUGAUCAGGGAGAGUCUCUAAUAAGGACUGCAUUCCAGUGCCUACAGUUGGUUGUGACUGACUUCCUGCCAACGAUGCCAUGUACUUGCCUACAGAUUGUUGUAGAUGUUGCUGGAAGCUUUGGGCUUCACAAUCAAGAACUCAACAUUAGCUUAACAUCAAUUGGUCUCUUGUGGAACAUUUCAGACUAUUUCUUCCAAAGAGGUGAAAUUAUUGAAAAAGAUCUGAACAAAGAGGAAGCAUUGCUACAGAAGCAAGCAGAAGAAAAAGGAAUAGCACUGAACCGUCCUUUUCACCCAGCGCCACCAUUUGACUGCCUUUGGCUAUGUCUGUAUGCCAAACUAGGGGAGCUCUGUGUAGAUCCACGGCCUGCAGUGAGAAAGAGUGCUGGGCAGACCUUAUUCUCUACAAUUGGUGCUCAUGGAACUUUACUUCAGCACUCAACGUGGCACACAGUUAUUUGGAAGGUUCUGUUUCAUUUGCUGGAUCGAGUGAGGGAGUCAUCUACAACUGCUGAUAAAGAGAAGAUUGAGUCUGGUGGUGGCAAUAUUCUCAUUCACCAUUCAAGAGAUACAGCAGAGAAACAGUGGGCUGAAACAUGGGUGUUAACGUUGGCUGGAGUAGCUAGAAUAUUUAACACAAGGAGAUACCUGCUACAGUCUUUAGGAGAUUUUUCUCAAGCUUGGGAUGUCCUUCUUGAUCACAUCCAGUCAGCUGCACUCAGCAAAAACAAUGAAGUUUCUCUGGCUGCUUUGAAAAGCUUUCAGGAAAUCUUACAAAUUGUGUCCCCUGUUAGAGAAACUGAAAAACCUGACACGCCACCUGCUAUUAAUAUGCCUGUGCCUGUCCUCAUAGGAACAGUGACUGCCACUGGCCUUGGAAGAUCUUUUAUGAGAACUGAUUCUAUAGGAGAAAGGAUUGGAAGGUAUAAUGUUGCGGAACCUCCUGUAAUAACAGAUGAAAUUGAAGACUUGAAUCUUUGGUGGGCUGCCUGGAACAGCUGGUUUAGGAUUGGCUCAGAAAGCACAAAGCCUCCAGUUUCUUGCGAUAAAAUGACUUUUAUCCCCAGCCAGCCUUUUCUAACAGCUUUAAUACAAAUAUUCCCAGCCCUUUACCAGCACAUCAAAACAGGUUUCAGUAUGGAUGAUCUCCAAAAAUUGGGUGUUAUUCUACAUGGUGCAGUUUCUGUUCCAAUCAGUUCAGAUGCGUCCCCUUUCAUCCUACCAUCAUACACGGAGGCAGUUCUAACAAGUUUGCAAGAAGCGGUUCUAACAGCUUUAGAUGUCUUACAAAAGAACACCCCUUCUGAAUGCUGUUGUCACAGUUCCACAGACUGGAAUGCAUCCAAUGCCAUAUGUGUAGGUUCAGAAAGCAUGCAAAUAAUGUAUCCUGCUAUCUUUGAUCAGUUGCUGGCAUUUGUUGAAUUUUCCUGUAAACCACCCCAAUAUGGACAGCUAGAAACAAAGCACAUUGCAAAUGCAAAAUACAAUCAGAUACAACUGUUUGCACCGGCAGAGUGGGUAGCAUUGAAUUAUGUACCAUUUGCUGAGAGGUCUUUAGAAGUUGUAGUAGACCUGUACCAAAAGACAGCUUGUCACAAAGCUGUUGUAAAUGAGAGAGUUCUUCAAAAUAUUAUCAAGACAUUGAGAAUGCCACUUAGUUUGAAGUAUGCUUGUCCUUCAGAAAGCACCUGGAAGCUGGCAGUUUCUUCUCUCCUGAAAGUUCUUUCCAUUGGCCUACCAGUUGCAAGGCAGCAUGCUUCCUCUGGAAAAUUUGACAGCAUGUGGCCAGAGUUAGCCAGCACUUUUGAAAACUUUUUAUUUACUAAAAGUUCCCCUCCAGAUAAUCUUUCUAUUCAAGAGUUUCAGAGAAAUGAAAGCAUUGAUGUUGAGGUGGUGCAGCUCAUCAGCACAGAGAUACUGCCUUAUGCUAACUUUAUUCCCAAGGAAUUUGUUGGUCAAAUUAUGACUAUGCUCAAUAAAGGCUCAAUACAUUCGCAGUCAUCUUCAUUUACAGAAGCCGAAAUAGAUAUUCGUAUGAGAGAGGAAUUUUCAAAGAUGUGUUUUGAAACAUUGCUUCAGUUUUCAUUCAGUAAUAAAGUGACAACUCCUCAAGAAGGCUACAUUUCACGAAUGGCACUUUCGGUUCUCUUAAAACGAUCACAAGAUGUGCUGUAUCGCUACAUAGAAGAUGAAAGACUAAGUGGCAAGUGCCCCCUUCCACGGCAACAAGUCACAGAAAUAAUAUUUGUUUUAAAAGCUGUCAGUACCCUCAUAGAUUCUCUUAAAAAAACUCAACCAGAAAAUGUUGAUGCUAACACAUGGGCACAGGUUAUUGCUUUGUAUCCAACUUUAGUAGAAUGUAUCACCUGUUCAUCUUCAGAGGUCUGUUCUGCUCUCAAAGAAGCUUUAGUUCCCUUUAAGGACUUUAUGCACCCACCAGCAUCCAAGGUACAGAAUGGAGAGUCCUGACCAAAUUUUUGCUUUUCAAGAAAAAUGCAUCCAUCAAACGAAUGUUUGUUCUAAUCUGAGAGAUCUUUGACGAAAUCUCAUGACCAGUACUUGGCAAGCAGUGUUGACCGCCUUUAAACUGUACUAACCAGAAUUCUGUGAUUCAUAUCACUUCAAGCUUGCAUCUCAAAUGUUUCUGGGUGAAUAGCAAUGCAAGCCUUUGACUCACUGACUGGAAUCCAUUUUAAAGUACAGUACUUGCUACAGUAACUUGAAGUAGUGAUUGAAAAGUGGGCUUAUGUACAGCUUGUUGUGUAUGUGUUAAUGAUGUAAUUAAGAAAAAAAGAAACCUAAUUCAUUUGGAUUUAUUAGGCAGGUGUUUUGCACCGUUUUUUCAAGUACAAAAUUGUACUAAAAUUUUAUGCAAGAAGGUACUGUAACAUUCCACAUUAUCUGUAACCAGCCUUUGUAAACAAAGGGAAAAUGUACUUGUGUGUAUAAUAAAUCGUACAGUUCUGUAAAAAAAAGUUGCAUUUAUUAUUUAAAUUCUUUUUUAAACAUCAAUAAUGUUAAAAGCUUGAAAAUGUAUUUAUUAUGAAUACUAAGUUGUAUGCUUGCAUUUUUACUUAAUAUUUGCCUUCUUUGUUGGCAGAUAUGUUCAUUCAUAUCUGAUCAUGCAGAUGAUUUUUUCCUUUUCUCUUUUGGCAAAUUUGAAUGUAUCUUAUCUGUGGCCAAUGAAUAACAAUUCUGCUAACAGGACGUAUGAAUAAAGAUAGUGGCAAAAAUC